AUGUUGGAAGUGAAGGGGAGACUAUGCGGUCAUCUGACGGUGGUCUUCUCGACACAAUCAUCGAUUCUGGAAGUGAAAGGGAGACUGCGAUUAUUUGACGGUGGUCUCGACACAAUUAUCUCUUGGAGAUUAUUCAUAACGCUAUCCACAUUUUCGGGCCUAAUAUUGAGCGCUGGAAGACGCAACUCUCCUUGUGAUUAUUUUAGUGAAAAG